UCAAUUUGACAAAUCCUAGGGCUUGAUAAUUCAAACCCCAACCGAGUGGAGAUGACCAAGACUAAAGAUUACUCUUCCCCAAAAUUAGAAGAAAACCCACAAUGUUUUAUUUCAAUUAGCAUCCCUUGCUUCUCUCAAAUCCAUAUAAUACGCAACACAUCAUCAUAUUCCUGAUUCCCCCUCCUCAUCAACAUCACUCCAGAGAAUAAAUGGCAAAGAGAACGGCUGCGCCAGGAAUGAUUGGGUUUGAUGGCGUUCGCCGAAGAAGGGAAGAUUCCUCAUCAUCAUCACAACCACCAUCAUCAUCCUCAUCGCCAUCAUCGUCCUUGUUGACUCGGAUGGUCGACUCGAUUUUCGCCUUUGUCCGCUUUGCCGAAUUCGAGAUCCUUUUCGCCCUCUUUUUCAUCGUCGCUUUUCUCAUCUUCAAAGAUCUGACCUCAAGACCUGAAUAUAACGAUAUCCUUGUGAAGAAACCUGGUGGAAACGACUGGUGGCCUUACUAGACCAAAAGAGCAUCCGCAGAGAGCUGCUUCCGUCUAUGCUAGUUCUAGCUGCAGUCCCUUGCAAGCCGUGAUGUGUAAUUGAUUUGUUACUUUCCUUUUCCCUGUACAUUAGCAUCAUUUUCCUGACAUGAGUUAUGGAUGAUGAAAUAGACUCAAUUAGAGCACAAGAGAGAGUAUAUCUUCACGCUUUUAGAAUUGUUGCAUAUAAAAAGCAUUCUCCUUGCCUUGAACAUUGGUGGCAGUGGAAAAUUAUUUGGGGGGAAAUUGUAACUAUAGAUUGAGUUGAUCUUCCGACUUGUUUUCUAGUCUUAGACCUACUCGACCGAGAUAAACAUGGAUUUGCUGGUGUUUAUAUUUGGCCA